AUGUUCGUGCCGCUGCCCUACAGCCGCCCAGACGGCGCUGCGCUGCCGCCUGCUGCUGCCCUCAUGCCCGGGGCCUUUCCCCCCGUGGGGGGGGCCCCCCCGGGGGCCCCCAUGGGUCCAGUACCCUUAGUUCUGGCCCCAGGGUUUGCGCCGGGGGGCCCCCCGCUGCUCGAAAGAGAACCCAUAGAUGUUUGCAAACUCUUCGUGGGGGGCCUAAACCCUAGCACCACCGAGGCCGACCUCGAGGAGUACUUCAAGCAGUACGGAGCAGUGCGGAGCGCAGUGGUGAUGUUUGACAAGAAGCUGAACCGCAGCCGCUGCUUCGGCUUUGUGACUUUCAAUACAGAAAAGGAAACCCUCAGGGCUUACUGCAUGGGGCCCCACACCAUUGGCGGCAACGAGGUGGAGCUUCGCCGCGCUAUCCCCAGAACCACUUACUACCCAGGCCUGAGGGCCCCCGGCCUGGGGCCCCCCAGGGGGGGCCCCCCGGGGGCCCCCGGGGGCCCCUCUCCCCAGCGGGCUGAUGAGGGGGGCCCCCCUGGGGGGGGCCCCCCUGCUGCAGCAGGGGGCCCCCCAGCAGCAGAAGACCCUGAUGAGAAGGAAUGCAAAGUCUUCAUUGGGGGAAUUCCCCCCACCAUGACCACUGAGGACAUCCACGGCUUCUUCUCGCGGCGGUUUGGAAUGGUCAAGCGAGUGGACUUCUUCUAUGAUAAGGUGACUGGGCGCAUGAGGGGUUUUGGGUUUUUGGUUUUCGCUUUCCCUCAUUCGGCCAAAAUGGCUGUGGGCCAUCACCAGCUGGGAGAUGUUGUGGUGGAGGUUAAGAAGGCCGUGGACAAAGAGGAAAUGCGAAACCAGAAAGAGGCGGAGGCGGCCAGCGGCGGCGGCUCGAGCACCUCCAGCAAACCCCCGCCGCGGCGGCCCCCGCCUUCUGCGCAGGGGGGGGGAGUGAUGGUUCGUUCAAUGAGAGCAGCAGUUCCUGCUUUAGAUUUUGUUCCAUUAGAAAUGACUUUGCAUCCUGUUGCUGCUGCUGCAGCAGCAGCAGCAGCAGCAGGGCCCCCCCGGGGGCCCCUGCAGGACCCCUACUCCGUGUUUCCCCACGCCGCCGUUGCUGCGCCUGCUGCUGCUGUUGCUGCUGCUGCUCCUGCUGCAGCAGCAGUCGCCCCCAGCGCCUACGGAGCAGCUUAUUAUCCAGUGGGGGAGCCGCAGCAGCAGCUAAGUUAUGGGGGGGCCCCCGGGGGCAUGUUUGUGUCUCCAGGGUACAGCUAUGUUGUUGCGGGGGGCCCCCAGGACAUUUACGGCCACCAAGCAGCAGCAGCAGCAGCAGCAGAGCAGCAGCAAAUCACAGACCCCUAUGAUGUCCAGGGCGCCAUGAGGGCCAGAGCAGCCAAAAUGACCCAGAGGUCGCAGCCCUACUGA